AUGAUAGUAGCAAAAAAAACUGCAAUUGAAUUUCACAUUAAAAAAAUUUAUCUUGCCAAUAUUAGACCAGAAGUUCUUAAUAAAAUCUAUAAAUUUCCUUUUCCCCUUCAAAGAGUUGUUGCAGAAGAAGUAUAUACCAUUGCAAAAAAACUAGAAGAAGGAAAGUGCUUACCAAACCUUGGUGGCUUGAAGAUAUAUCAAACAUGUGGUAUUGUGGAAAUACCUGUUGUUCAGACACCUGCAGCUAAUAAAGUAGCCAAAAAAAGUCAAUCAAAAAUGAAUGAAUUAUUUGAAAGAACUAGAGACUACUACUAUAAAUUGGUAGAAAAGUGUAGAUAA